UGUGUGUGAGAGUGUGUGUGUGAGUUCGGUGACAUCAACAAGACACGCAGAUCCGUGUUCUCUGGAGGGAUUGACAUUAACUCACACACAAUCAAGACUCCGGGGACACCGCGCAGCUCUUAUAGGCAGCGGAGGGGAAGAGAGCGCGCUCCCGCUCAGGGAUCUGGUGUAUAUUUACAGCGGGUUUUCCAGCAGGUGUUACUGAAGGAUCUAUCACCGACCAUCAGCGGGGUUCAUGAAACUUUGCUACGAUUUGCGAGCCGGGGCUGCCAUACACAAUGUUAAGGUAAAGCCUAAAGCAGCUGUGUUGAACAUGCUGAAGCGGCUGGACAAAAUAAGAUUCCGUGGUCCAAAGCGAGAUGACUUCCUGGAUUUACCCGAGUCCCCCACGGGGUCCGACACCGAAUGUAGUGACGACAUGCUGCUGAGACCUCGACCUUCAAUACGAGACAAUGACGAACAAAGAGACCCUGCUGGUUUGGGGACUUUGUCUGUCAUGCAAGACCUGAGGAGCGAAUCGGAACGUCUCAAUGAGGUCAAGGGUCAUUUGGAAAUUGCCUUAUUGGAGAAACACUUCCUACAGGAGGAACUGCGGAAGCUACGAGAAGAAACCAAUGUGGAGACCCUGAAGCAGGAGCUGGAGAGAGAACGCAGCAGAAGAGUCGACCUGGAACAGAAGAUGAGUGACGUGCUGAAGACCAGGUGUGAAGAUUCUCCGCCGCAGCCUCCACGCAAACAGCAGCCGCCUGCAGCUAACGGCACAGACAAGCAGCAGAAGGAGACGGUGUGUUCGCGGCUGCAGAGCUGGCUGUACGAUCGCUUUGGGGUUUAUAUCGAGGAUUUCCGCUUCCAGCCCGAGGAGAACACAGUUGAGGCCGAGGAGCCGUUAAGUGCUAAAAGAUUAACAGAAAAUAUGCGACGACUUAAACGGGGUGCCAGACCAGUGACGAAUUUCUUAAGGAACCUUUCCGCCUUAUCCAACUGGCACUCGGUAUAUACAUCAGCGAUUGCCUUCAUUAUUUAUAUGAAUGCAGCGUGGCAUGGCUGGGCUAUACCUUUGUUUCUGUUCUUAGCCAUUCUGAGGUUGUCGUUGAACUACCUCAUAGCCAGAGGAUGGAGAAUUCAGUGGAGUAUUGUGCCUGAAGUUUCUGAACCUGUGGAACCUCCAAAGGAAGAUCUAACGGUGUCUGAAAAGUUUCAAUUAGUUCUUGAUGUCGCACAAAAAGCACAGAAUCUUUUUGGUAAGAUGGCGGAUGUUUUGGAGAAAAUCAAAAAUUUGUUCAUGUGGGUUCAGCCCGAGAUCACUCAGAAGUUGUACAUCGCUCUGUGGGUGGCCUUCAUCUCCUCUUGCGUCUUACCCUACAAGCUGAUGGGCUUCAUGAUCGGGCUUUACGCGGGCAUCAAGUUCUUCAUUAUAGACUUCCUGUUUAAGAGCUGCCCAAAACUCCGAGACAAAUACGACACGCCGCACAUCAUGUGGAACAACCUGCCCACCGACCCUCAGCUGAAAGAACGCAGCAAUGCCAAUGUGUCACGACGGCUGUCUGGGUGCGAGAAGAUCCAGCCGGUGGUUUCACGAAGCAGUUUAGCCACCAUCCCAGCAGGGGUGACCCGAGAAGAAGAGAGCGGACGUUCCCACAGCACAAAGAAAGGAGCGUUCCACGAGAUCUUCAACCUGCCUGAGAUCGAGAGACCUCUGCCCGUCUGCGAGAACGGAUGGAGAUGCUGCCUGAUAAACAGAGACCGGAAGAUGCCGACUGACUACAUCCGCAACGGGAUGCUCUACGUGACCGAGAACUACCUGUGUUUCGAGAGUUCCAGCUCGAGAUCGGGGUCUUCGAAAAAAAACAAAGUCAUUAAACUGGUGGACAUCACGGAUAUCCAGAAGUACAAAGUUUUAUCAGUUCUGCCUGGGUCUGGAAUGGGCAUCUCUGUAGCCACCCCGUCAACGCAGAAGCCACUGGUCUUUGGUGCCAUGAUACACAGAGACGAGGCCUUUGAGACGAUUUUUACCCAGUACAUGAAGAUCAUGACCACAGCCAACCCUGAGACGUAACUCGCCGUUUAUCCUUCCUGGAGGAUUUCUCAUUUGGGGACAAAAAAAAACAGUAUUUCCUGUCUGGUUAACUGUAAUGGAUGGACCGUAUUUUGGAGCGACGCCACUGGCAGGAGAUUCGGCGAGCUGACAUUCCAGCAGGGGUUCUGCAUCUCAAAAGACUUUUCCUCCUUGAGGGACGCGGGCGGCUUCUCGUCACGCGACUGUAGACCUUUUUCCCGGCUUUUUAAAGACGAGCACACUGAUCGGUGUACGGACUUGUGUCUUUCACGCCUGGUUUUUAUCCCGGAAGAUGUUAACAUGGGAGGGUUUUGCGAAAGGCGAUCCCAACAGGAUGGUCUUAAACGCGUUAAACGCUGCAAACGGUAUUAAUCAGUGUUUUUGUUCAAAGUUCAAAUGUUGACCGCAAUUUUUAAAACCAAAUAAAAUCUCUCGAACGAAGUAUUUCGCUUCUCGGUUACGGUAAAAUGUUGAUGUUUUAUACGAUGCAAAAAUACUGAUUAAUAUGAAAUGCAAUGUUCGCACUUACGGUGUUUUGCGGCAACAGAUUGACGGGAAAUGUAUUCAUUUUUAAUCAGAGUUUGAGCAAUUUAAGGCACCAUAAAGGUAUAUAGCUCAUGUUUUCGUGCACUCUAUUCGACUUUGACCUUUCACAGCUGUCAAAUUUAAAAAUGCUAGUGGUCAGCUGGAAAAAACCCCCGCUUUUUAUUCAGGUCCGAUAAAGUUGAGCUUUGCGCACUCUGCCAUUUUGCGAACUUUCAUCGAAAAUGAAUGCGAAUGAACUUUUGUCGCCGCAAAUCGCUACCGGUGCAAAUGACUUUUAAGACUGAUAAACAAUGCCUUGUUUUUCUUUUCUUUUCCUUUUUUUCGAAAACGUUUGUUUACAUUGUUGCGGUGUGCGCGAAACGUUUUAAAUCUCACCUCUCAGCAAAGUGUGCUUUACGUGUUUUUAGCAGAAUAUCUUCCCCGAAUUUAACUUUGGGAAGCGGUUUAAAAUGCCUUUCUUUUAAAUUGUGACGCCAUUACGUCGUAGCGCUCCUAUCGACGCGCUUGCAUUCGAAAACGCUAGAUAUGUGAAGGUUGUCGAACUCGGAAACCGACGUUUGGUUGCACUUUAUUUUGCAGUAGUAUACUUGCAGUGUACUGUAACCGUGUACUUAAACAAGAAAGUAAUUAAUAAUAUAAGGUAGCUACUUGGGCUUAAUAGGGCUUAAGUUUUAGGUUUAGGGUUAGUACCGUGUUAGCUGUAGUAAGUACGUAAUACACACGUUGAGAACUGGACUGUAAAGUAAAGUGCUGCUGAAGAUUUUGACUUUGUUUGUACUUCGUGUAUGUCUGUCUUAAAGUAAUCGCUGGUUGUUUUUUGUCACUUUAAAUUGUUACAAAGUUCAGUACCAAACAAAUCUUAGAACAUUUUUUUUAUUCGCCUAAUGCGGUCGCAGAGUGAACUCAUUUUGAUGACAAUCUUUACGCUUUUUAGAAAAAUCUUUCACACAGGCAAAUAUUCAAAUCAUGUUUUACCCCAAAAUCAAAAGAAUUCCAAGCAAAGAAUCUCACUAAUAUAUAUAUAUUAAUACACUAUAUUGCCAAAAGUAUUGGGUCACCCCCUUCCAAUGAACAGGUUUAACUACUUCAGUAAUAUCGGUAAGUAGAAACCUUAAUGUUAAAGCAUAUAAUGAUAUUCAAGGGAAUUGUGUCUUUUUAGUUCUGACAAAACGAUGCCUCCGCGUGUAAGGAAAGGUUAAACUGUGGAAGAACUCGACUGGUCUGCAUAAAGCCAACUCCUGAUCCCAGCUGAACACCUUUGGUGUGACUUUAAAGGCAGUCCUUGAGCCAAAAACCCAAGCUGGGAUUAGGAGCAGGCUUUUGGAAGGGCGAAAAGGGGGUGACCCCAACGCUCUUGGCAAUAUAGCGCGCGUAUCGGUUUUUCGCGAGAGCCUAAAACUAAAAACGAAAACGUUUAAUUACUUUCAGUUUACCAUCGUGGGAAAUUCAAGACAUUCCAAAGACCACGAGAAACUACCGUUCGUGCUUUGUCUUCCCAUGCACCUGUCCGUUUACUCGCGCACAUAAGGGACUGUUGAAUGUUGCUCGGCUCCCAAAGAUGAAUCGGUGUAUUAUUAUUUUUUUUUUUACCAAAGGCGCAUUAGAGCUUUUGGAAGUCUCCCGCACGCUGGCUGUUGUGUCGGACUGCACUAAUGAAGCACAGGACGCAUCGGGUAGCUUAUAGUUUUGCCAAACGUUUCUCUAACUGCUCUCCUUAAACGGCGUCCGUCUCGAACUGAUGUUUACACGGGCUGGGUUUUGAUCCCAGUUUGAUCCCUGCUCACCAGCCCAGCCCAGGGGUGUGAAAACUGGAAUAAUAUCAUUUCUGUUUUUCCGUUCUUUUUCGUACUGUGGUUUAGGGUACACGCACACGCUUUCAGAAAACGCGUCGGCACUAAGAAAUGAAUUACAAGUACAUUGAUGCGGUUCAUGAGUGAAUAUCGCCAGGUCAUAUUUCAGUCAAAUUUGAAAGGAAAAAUAUAUAUAUUUAGUAGAUCACGAAUUGUCUGUACAUUGUGGUUAUAUCGUACUGCCUUAAAUUGAUGAUUUUAAAUGGAAUUUUAGUUUUUUUGGACAACCGUCAAUGACUAAAAUUAGAGUAAAAGGUUCGAAUCACAUGUAAAAAUAUGCGAUUUGAAUGGAAUAUGACACAGACACACAAUAUGCGUUUUAAACACGACAAAGUUACAGUAAAAUGCUGUGUUGGGCUGUUUAACUAAGCAUCAAAAGUCAUUGUGUAUCUGGAGGUGGUCAAGCUGGCACUAGCUGAUAAAGUAUUUGUUAACUGUGUAAACGUUUGCUAUUUUCAUAAUAUUUCCGCUGCAAAAUAACAUUUACAGAGUUCAUCUGAAAGAUGUGAAUUAUUGUUAUUAUUUGUUAUCUUUUUUUUUCUGACCGUCUGAAGACAAACGAUUAAAAGGAAUUUCUAUACAGAAGUAGAGUAAUAUAAUGUAUAUUGUUAAAUCAUAAUGUGUUGUACACUUUUUUUUUAUUUAAGUAAAUGAAUGAAUUCUA